AUGUCUGGCAAAAAAGUGGUACAGGCAGCUGCCUCUGUCGCUGGCGUUGCUAUCGGCAUAGCUCUCUACAACCAGAUCCCAGGCGCUACGGCUCUACCCGCAGAUACAGUCCCUCCUUGCUAUUCGAGGGAGGCUCCAGGCAUCCCCAGAGCUUUCAUCUAUCUAUCCAACGAUUUGACUACCGUCUUUGGUGCACCAGCGACCGACUUCGACUACCAUGUCUCGCCCGAACCCUCGCUGGCGAUCGAAGCCAUCCAGAGCUACGCUUCGGCCGUGGCAUCAGCCGCCACUGAUGAUGUCCUAACGGCAUUCCUGAACGUCACUAUGGCAGGAACCAUGACUGCAGAGCAAACCACCGACGUGCAUUGGAUAUGCAACGAGUUGAGCGGUGACAUGGCGGCAAAUGUCGACUCUUGCGCCGCGUUCAACGCAGUCAACGAGCGUUCUGUGGACGUCGAGAAACGCUCCAGAUGGAGCUGGGUUCGUAGUGCCGCUCACGUGACCAAGAACGGCGCCGUCCAGAUCCUAUAUGGUGCGCUUGGAAACGCUGCUUACGCCAACUUCCCUUCGUCGCCUAGGUCUUGGUCUAACAAUGCCGAUGGCUCCAAUGCCUGCAUUUCCUGA